GUAGAGCUGAUAAACAAGUUAGAGAGCAAAACAACCGUUGAGGAACAGUGGGGUAGACCGGUAUAACCGUGAAGUAGACCGGUAUAACCUAAAAAGAAAACGACCUGAACCACAGAAAAAAAAAAAACUUUCACUUUCGUCAGAGUGCAAUAGAGGCAAAACGAUGAUUGGAAAGAUCCUUUCUCAUCUGCUUGGAAAUGCUGGUGAUGACUACAAAGUGGAGGAAGACACGUAUGAGGAGGUGAUGGAGUUUGAGGAGGGAGGAUGGAUCAUUGUGAAUAUCCCAGAGAAUGUGCCACUGUCUGUUCCUGAGGUGGAUCCCCUUGAGAACCUACUGAUUGAGCACCCCAGCAUGUCCGUCUACCAGAUGAGAUGCACCAUCGGUGGAGAGGAGGAGGAAGAGCUGGCUUCUGAUGAAGAUGAGGAGGACUCUCUGAGGGCAGUAGCAGUAAGGCAGCACAUCUCGUGGCGGUUGGCAGCUUGGGGCAUCCCCCUAGCCUGCGAUGUCCAGUUGCUAGCUGUCCAGAGGGCAAAGAACCAGGUUGAGCACAAGAAGUUGAGCCGCAGCGCCCUCCACAGACAGAACCUGGCCAAGACAUGUUUCUCCCCGGCAGAGAGACGCUAUGGUCACUUCAAGCAGCCUUGCCAGCGCCUGUACAACUACUAAGCCUUGUGGUGGGCCAUACCAUUUCAUUGUAGUUCAGUUUGCUGCACAGUGUUUUGACUCUAUUUGGGUGUAUUACAAUAGCUCUCCUGGAUUGUUUCUAUUCUGUAGUGGUGGUCUCCUGUCAUGUGCCUCUUUGGGCAGAAUAUAUGCCAGUUUCAUUCCGACCAAACAUGACACCAGCUGAUACUGCCUGCUCUUUGUUUUGAGAACGUGCUAACUGAAAUCAGAAGUUGUAGUGUCUGGUUGGAAAACUAUCGUGCUCUGAAAACUGCAGACCAUAUGCCUUUGGUGGCAUAUGUUCUGCAGUUAAGCACACAAUUAUUUCACAACAUAAUAAUGCCCAAGAUUUGUGUGGAAGAUAUGAUGCUUACAAAAUGUUCACCCUGCAAACUUUCUUCCUUAUGUAUUUCAAGUGACAGUAUCUAUAUGUAUCUGGCUUGUUAAGGAAAAACAUUUGAGACUCAGUGUUUUUGCCAUGUAUCCAAAAAUAAAAUAAGAGUCAUAGGAACCACAGAAACAUUACUUAUCACUGUGCAAACUGUCUCCUAUGUGGUUAACCUGCAAUAUAACCCACAUAGUGUGUCUGAACCCAUUGAGAAACGACCCUUGAUCUCUUCAAAUUGUGAAUGAAAUGGUCAUUCCCUCAGGUUUUUAUAAACAUUGGCAGCACUGCUGUUUUCAAGCAAACUCCUUUGUACAAUACGAAAUAAGUACACCUGAGUUGUUCCAUGUUUAAACAGCAGUUUAAGUAGGGCUAAUGGUUGGAAGUUUGGGAUGUGUGAAAGCUAUUAUAAUGGUACUUUUACUGUUACAUUGGCUGACAUGUGAACAUUUGAAAAAACGAUUUCUUGUGUUUUCAAUUAGACUGCCAGUUGGUUUAUGGCACAUUUUCAUAGCAUAUUUCUCAGUUGUACACAACAUGUUUUGCAUCCUGUGCCUUGGAUUUACGUAGACAUUGAUUUUAAUACUGUAUUGCAAGUUAGAAGCACAUUUUGUACCAAGCCAAUUUGUAGUCACAUUUAUUCUGCGAAAUACUGUAAUUUCUUAAGAAAUAUUCUUUAGCAUUUUAUACUUUACAGUGGAUGUUGUUUCUCUACCUAAAUUUGUCCUUUUAGAGACAUGUAAAUACCAUUGGAUACGAUGUUUGCGUUUUGUUUUUUAUUUAUAAAAUGUACAAAAAAAUUGCAAAUAAAUUUUGUUUUUUAAGUUGUA